AUGCAAAAAGAAGGCUCAAAGGGAUCUCGUCCUUUGGUGACAUCAGCCGUGCUCAUUGAGACUUCCAUUGGCGCGUUCGUAGUUGAUCUUUACGGCCUUGACUGUCCCGCUGCAACAGCAGAAAUUGUCAACAUGUGCCGCUGCAAGUACUUUAAUGGCUGCAUAGCGACAGAGGUGGUACCUGACAACAUAAUCAUUUUCUCACACCCAGUAGAGGCUCUGAAAGGAUCGACAUUUUACUCUUGUGUGGAAAAGGCGGGUGGAAACAACCAGGGAAAUGGGAAUGGAAGGGCAGCUAAUGUGGAUCGCCUCAUGCUGGCGGAAUGGGAGCGCAUGAAGAGGUACACGGCCCAACUGCAGCGGCGCAGCGGGAAGGUGUCUGUGGAGUUUCUACCAAAGCCCGAGGCAGGGGAGGUGGGGCUGAUUAAUCGUCGGGGCCUACUGCUGCUUGAGGUGCCACCGAAGGCGGAUCCCACGGCUGACGGCGUCAGUGCUCGGAAAAGCGCACUUGUGUUCACACUGGGGAAUCGGCACCUGGAGUACUUUGAACAUCGUUUUAUGGUGGUGGGUGAGGUGCGUGAGGGCAUUGGCGUCAUUGAAAAGUUACGAGCUGCUCCGUAUCAACGUUUAUCUUCCGCGUCUGCCGUUGGGACCCGUCCCACUCGACUUAUACGCAUCAAACAUGCGACUGUUUUGCCAACAGCAGGGACUGAAAUGUUUUCAGAUGUCUGGUAUAAUGGCAUUGGUGACAGUCGUGCUUUCUCGCAGCAGAAGAAAUUAGGCUCGACGCUUACGGCUGCCGGUUGCUUUCAACACUGGGCUGAAAAAGAAACGGUGCGGGCCGCGAAUCGUAUGAUCAUUAAAAUUAUGAAAGAUAUUGCCACUGCAGGGGGUGAGGCGAAAGGAUCUCGGGGAACCGAUUUCUUUUUGAUUGAUGAGAAUCGGUCGCAAGAAGAAUAUCAUUUGGGCGGUGACACGGAAGAAGUGCAGUCGGUGGAGUACAAUCCGCAUUACCACGGUGAAUAUCUUAGUUCCGACGAUGAAGCACCACGUACGGAAUCUCGAAAGGAACGUGAAAGUAGGCAUCAGGCGAUUAUGCGGAUGCGUCAAGACAAACUUAAUGAGACACGGACACUUAUGCUGAAUUUGUUGGACGGUAUCGCGGAUGUUUCUGGAGCACUGAAACCGCCGGAAAAUGUGCUUUUUGUGUGUAAACUUAACCCGCUUACAACUGGCGAGGGCCUAAGGAUGUGCUUUUCGCAGUAUGGUCGUGUCGUGUCAACGGAUGUUGUGCGGGACCACAAGACGGGCAACUCGUUGUGUUACGGCUUUGUGGAGUUUGAAGAGGUUGAAGCGUGCUACAGAGCGUUCAAGAAGAUGGACCAGGCCCUAGUGGAUGACCACCGCAUUCAUGUGGACUUCUCCCAGUCCGUGUCAAAGCUGUGGGCGCAGCGGCAGCGCGAUAUGCGGAAGAGGGCUCGAGAGGAAAGUUGA